AUGACCGUCGAGAGAACGAUCUCCCGACAUUGUGCGUCCAUUACAUUGUUUACACACAAAGCAAGAUUCACAGGGUUUCUCAACUCUACCACCGACAGACUAGCUAUCAAAAGAUUCUGUUUCUGUUCCAAGAUCACACUCCAACUUCACCCAUCUGAACAUCAAAGAUCCAACAUGUCUAACCAAGCACCACAACUACCAAAAGAUCCAGGACACUCCGACAUGAUGCGUCACCUCGCCAUCCGCCGUGCACAAAUAGAAAGAUUCACGCAGCGCGAAGAGGAGGAGAAGAAAAGGUUGGCUGACUUCACGGUCCCUAUACCUACGCCAUCUCCGCGUCGUCAACCACACCAACCUUCUCCUUCUCAUGCACCACUCACCCCUCCGCAAACUCCUCUCCAGAAUAGAGCAACGGUGGUCCAACACGUUGAUCCUGAGCAACUCUUAUAUGUUGGAUAUAGGCCUCGGCAUCUUCGUUCCGAGGAUCCUAUCGCUUCCACGAUGCCGAUGACAAGUGAAAGUACAACGACGCAAGGAUAUUCAAAUUCGAGGUAUCGUUCGAGCGGGAGAUUGAGGGUCGUCAACGCAGCACCUAAUCCAGCCUCAUCAUCGAGACCACCGAUUGCAGAGUCUUCUCGUACUGAUGGCCCGCAGGCGCGUUCGAGGGUUGUUGAUAUGCCGCAUACUCCAGUGGCUUCAUCACCAUCUGCGUCAUCGUCUAGGCUAACAGCUCCUGCAUCACAUCUACCUCGAACACCGUCACAGCUAUCAUACCGUGGUGUGUUGCAUCAACCUCAACCCCGAUAUCCACAUCCCCAUCCCCAUUCAAGUCUACUCCCACAACCCCCUCCUCUUUUCCACUACCCUCGUAAUCCUGCUCCCGCACUUCCCCCAACACCCCCAGAAACCCCAAUCUCUCCAUCCCCAUCAUCGCCAGCCCGACCACCGCAGAGACCACAAAGACCCGCAGCGAUCUUAUUCCACAAACCUCUCCCCCCUCUCCCACCUCCUCAGCAAAGCGAACGAAAACUAGAUUGGAGAUGCCAGUGUCGCAGGGAAGUUUGCGUUUGCGGCAACAUACGGCUAUGGUGA